GGCGGGCGGGCACCGGGCCCGGUUCGUGAUGAAGCGCAAAGCGAACCCGUCGCUGGAAGCCGAGGUUUUGUAACUGCUGGGUGGUGGCGUGGUGCUGCCUUUAGAUCGGCGCGGCAUAGAGGCGAAAAUCCGGGCAAAAGUAACAUUUAUUUCCCACUUUCUCCUUCGUGCUACUCGGAGGAGACAAGUUAGUGCUGAGCGGGGUUCACCUUGACGGGGGGCUGCAGCCGUCCUGCUGGUUACGCCCCUGGUGUGGGGCAGGCUUGCCGGCGGGGCCCAGAAAUGGAGGGGGUCACUGUUCGGCUCUCGCUGCUUUCACGGCGUGUGCUUCGCCUCACUCCAGGGGGCAUAGAAGUCCUGCGAGGAGGGGUUCUUUUUUAGGAACUUAUCUGUCUUACUGUGGGAUGGAGAAAAUGGCAAUUCGUUCCAUGUGGGUUUAGUCCACGGUGUGUAACUUAGAGAAUAAUAGUAGUGAAUUUUACCAUGAGGAAAAGUUGGGUAUGUGGCAUAUAGAAGAUAUAUGUGGGAUGACUGGCUCCGUUCUUAAGAGCUCAGAGAAAUGAUCUGAUGUUGUGUUGCGAUUUAUUCUGUAGAAAAAAAAAAUCAAAAAACUGCCAAACCAGACAACUAGUCUGACUAAUUUUAAGAAUCCGAGGUAUUAGCCUUGUACAGAACGUUGAACGUUAAGGCUCUUCCUUAUCAAUUACAGAAUGGCAAUGUGGCAUAGCUGUUCCUACCAACAGUGAUGCAGAGAGAAGCAAAGACAAGAUUUUCAGAUUUUUUUCCAAAGCUUUAUUAAAAAAACCUAUUGAAUUGCAUUCUUACACGUUAAAUUCUUUGAUCUUUGCAAACCUCUCUGUAAUCCUAAACCUGGUACGUUGAGGGGGCAAGGGGCUGGAUGAUUUCCAGAAGCAGCAGGCAGUAUGGCUGCUGUAGGACGUUAAGUCUGAACAGUCUUGUCACCUGUGACUGUCAGCUGAGACUGGCAUUCUGGUCCAUGUGGCAGCAGGGUCUACCUGGUGUGAAUUUGUGAUUUUCUCAUGGGGGAUAAUACUUAUAUAGAUGCCAUCUUUUAGAAACCUUCUUCUUGAGGUUGUUUUUGCCAGUGUUACUUAUAAUACCUAAACUUACUUACAGAGAAAGGGAUGAACAGGAAUUGCCUUUUUCUAUUUUCAGUUCUAUUUGAAGUAUUUUACUUUGUUUUUCUUAUCCGCAUGGUGUUUCACAUCACGGGGAGGGAGGAACACAUAGGGUGGAAAUCAUUAGAAGUGUGAUAAUACUUGAUGUUAUUUUUUAUUCCUUUUUCCAAUGGCUUAGAUUUCUAGUUAAUAUCUGGUUUAAGAAUUUAACAGUUUUACAAGUACCCUAUAUGUAAUUUUUUAAAUCUUUUUUCUUUUUCAUUAAAGGUGGAGAUGAACUACGGUAACUAAAGUAAGAGAGCUCUGGAUACUAGUUUUGUUAAAUUAACUUCAAACCCGUUAAUUGCCUUGCUGGAAGCAAAUUCUUCAAGUUUACCAUUAUGGCACUGACUAUUACGUGGCUGAAUAGUGCUUACUUACAUGGUAGAUGCUGCAGGCAAAAAGUUUUGCACCCCUUACUCAGACCUCUCCUCAGUGAUUCCAUGUCAAAAUUGUAUAGCAGCUACAGGAGACCAGGGUCAAAGCCUGAGAAAAAAACAUUUUGGCAAAGUAUUGAUUUCAGUUUUAAGAAGGGCAUUGAUGUCUUAAAGACUCAGCUAAGCAUGCUAAAGGAGGAGACCAAAGAUCACUUAAUAGGACCUGGAGGCCGUCCAUUUAGUCACUACCUGUUGGAACAGACAAGGGUGUUGUGGGAGUUUCGGAGCCAAGAAGAUUUAAAAAAGUGGGUGAUUUCCUCUGAUGUAGAGAUUGGAGGGAAAAGUGAAGUUUUCCUCAAAAUGGGUAGGAAUAACCAGACUGCUCUGCUGUAUGGAAUCCUCAAUACAGAAGUACCUCGUGAUGGGGAAACAAAAUACAGUGGAUAUUGUAGUAUGAGAGCUAAACCACCAAUGGGAUCUUUUGCUAGGAAGAAGUAUUACGACUGGUCAAAUUUCAACAGUCUGUAUUUACGUGUCCGUGGCGAUGGCAGACCUUGGAUGGUAAACAUUUAUACAGACCCUUACUUUUCUCAUCAAAAGGAUGAUCUCUACAACUACUUCAUGUUCACGCGAGGAGGCCCCUACUGGGAGGAAAUAAAGAUUCCGUUCUCCAAAUUCUUUCUCUCCAGUCGGGGAAGAGUCCAAGAUGACCAACAUCCUAUCUGGUUAGACAAGAUCAGUACCCUUGGAUUCACAAUUGGAGAUAAAGUAGAUGGUCCAUUCCAGCUGGAGAUUGAUUUUAUUGGCCUGCUAAAUGAUAGAGCUCAUACAGAGGAAUUUGCCUAUGAAACGUAUGAAAAGAAUCCUCGAGUCUAAGGUGAGCUGGUGGCCUUUGGGACAUUCAUCAGAUGUGUGGUUGAUUUUGAUAAAACACUUACUGUGUGGCUUAGAAUCUGGGGAAAUAUCAGAGUGAAGCAUUGACUGUAGUAAUCUGAGUGACAAUGUUGGCACAGUUGAGUGGCCAAAGACAGUAUCCUGGAUAGAUUGUAUGUAACACAGAUUGGACCAGAGCCUGAGAAGAGCUGUGAUGUGUUCCUGCAAAGUAGUAACUGCUGACUGGGGAAACUGAAGUCCUAACCUUUACAGAAAUAAAAGUAUUUAAUGA